AUGUUGUCGGCACAAGGACGUCGAUUCUCUCGUUGUGCUCCAUCACCACGACCAAGAAACAGAAAUCUUCAGAAUAUGCCACCACCUGCGGCAGUUCAUAUCAGAACAAAUGAUAUGAUUAGUCCCGAGGAAAGAAGGUUUCUGGAGGCAGCUGAACUAGGAAAUAAACCAACAUUACAAGAGUUUUUGGACUAUCACGAUGGAGAACGUCGAUUGAAUGUGAACUGCCUUGAUUCAAUGGGUCGAACAGCACUGGAAAUAGCAGUUGAUAAUGAGAAUAUGGAAGUUGUUGAAUUACUUCUUCAACAGCCAGAUAUUCGAAUUGGAAAUGCAUUGUUGUGUGCAAUACGAGAAGGUGUGUAUCGACUUGUUGAAGUGCUCGUUAAUCAUCCCAAUAUCACAAAAGAAAUGCUUGGAGAGGGUUGGACUCAGGCUCUAGAUCCAUCUGAAGCUGCGAGUGCAGAGUAUUCAAGUGAUAUUUCACCGGUUAUACUGGCUGCACAGCUGAAUCAAUUUGAAAUUUUACAAAUGUUGAUUCGAAAAGAUGCGAAGAUUGAUCCGCCACACAACCACAUGUGUAUUUGCGAGACGUGUGAUCGUGAACGUCUUUAUGAUUCACUUCAGUACUCUCUGAAACGGAUAAACACAUAUCGUGCACUUGCAAGUCCUGCGUAUAUGUCCUUAACAAGUUCUGAUCCAAUCAAUGAAGCAUUCAAACUUUCAUGGGAUCUACAAAAAUUGGCGUUCGAAGAACACGAGUUCAAAGAAACUUACCUGCAAUUAUCGGAACAAUGCAAACAAUAUUCAUGUGAUCUUUUGAGUCAAUGUCGAAGUUCAGAAGAAGUUAUUGCAAUUCUAAAUAAAGAUGGAAACAAUAAAGAAGAAAAUAUUGAUGUUUGGGAGAGUAAACUAUCAUUGUCAAGACUGAAACUGGCAAUCAAAUAUGAACAAAAAGCGUUUGUCUCGCAUCCUCAUUGCCAACAACUUCUAACCUCAAUCUGGUAUGAAGGCAUCCCGUAUCGCCAACAAAGUGGAACAUGGGCUAGCUUCUUUCUCUACGCUUUUCUACUCAUCUUUUGGCCUAUUUUCUGUCUUUUGUAUAUUCUGAUGCCAAGAAGUCGAUUGGGUAAACUGGUUCGAUCUCCAUUCAUGAAGUUCUUCUACUAUUCCAUCUCUUUCGCAACAUUUCUAGGAUUACUAACAUGGGCAACAUUUGAAGAUUAUCGAUAUGAAAAAGGAGAAAGAGGCGGAGUAACGCGAGCUUCGGAUCGUGGACCGCCUGCAACAUGGGUGGAAUCACUUGUUUUCACAUGGGUCAUCGGAAUGUUGUGGUCAGAAAUCAAACAAUUAUGGGAAGAAGGAUUCAAGAGAUACAUGAGACAAUGGUGGAAUUGGCUUGAUUUUCUUAUGAUUUGUCUCUAUUUAUGUACUAUUUCAAUCAGACUAAGCGCGUAUUACAUAUUCACAUAUCGUGAGGAUCCAUAUCGAUACACAGUUCGUACACAUUGGUCAUCGGAAGAACCAAUGUUAGUCGCUGAAGCACUGUUUGCUGUUGGAAAUGUUUUUUCCUUUGCUCGAAUCAUUUAUCUCUUCCAAACAAAUCCUUAUUUGGGACCUCUUCAGAUUUCUCUUGGCUGUAUGCUGGUUGAUGUUGCCAAAUUCUGUUUCAUAUUUGUCCUGAUCAUCAGUUCUUUCUCGAUUGGACUUGCUCAACUCUAUUGGUAUUAUGACCCGAAUACAGAUGUAUGUUUACCUGGUGCCACGUGUAAACAGAGUUCAAAUGUAUUCUCCUCGAUUGCUGAUUCAUAUUUAACACUUCUCUGGUCUCUAUUCUCUAUUACAAAGCCAGAAGACACGGAUGUAAUCGAAAAUCAUAAGAUAACACAAUGGGUUGGACAAGGAAUGUUUAUCAUGUAUCAUUGUACAUCUAUAAUUGUACUGCUGAAUAUGCUGAUUGCCAUGAUGUCGCAUUCUUUUCAAAUCAUCAACGAUCAUGCCGAUUUGGAAUGGAAGUUUCAUCGAACAAAACUGUGGAUGGCUCAUUUCGAUGAAGGAUCGAGUCUUCCACCUCCAUUUAAUAUUAUUAUAACUCCAAAAUCACUCGUCAACUUUGCGAACUUUUUGUUGAAUUCCGUGAGAUGGUUACUUGGAAAAUAUACUUAUCAGAAGAACAGGAAUAGAGCUACUAUUCGGCGUCCCGGAUACUCUCGGAAACGAAAUGAAAUGGAAAAAUCAGGAGGGCAAGAUGAUGAAACAGCAAAAGUUCCUCUGACUUAUGCAGAUAUAAUUCAGCGUCUCGUGGCAAGAUUCAUUCAUCAAACAAAGAAAGAAAUGAAAAUGGAUGGAGUCAAUGAGGAUGAUUUACAUGAAAUAAAGCAGGAUAUCAGCAGUUUAAGAUAUGAGCUUCGAGAUGACCGUCGGCGAGAAAUCGUUCGUAGUUCAUCUCAUAUUGACGCAGUGAAAAGAGACAUAAUGCGGACAAUGAGCACGAAUUCAAGAGCUCGAGUAUACGGUGGAAGUAUGAGAUUACCAAAGACACGUCCGUCAGUUGCAGAAGAAUCAGAAGAAGAUGAGAAGAGUGAUGAGACGAGUUCAACCGAUGAAGAGGCAGAUGAAACGAGAUCUCGGAAAUCAUCAGUUCUUUACACACCUCCAGUCAAUUCAACGCUUCCCGGUAUCAUCAGUGAAGAGGCUCCUGUUCGAAAAAAUCAAAAAAGAAGAGCAAGUGAAGCUGAUUCGAAACUGCCAGACAGACCUUUGUCGGAAACAUUUCAAUCGAAUUUUACUCCUAAACUACUUCCCGUGUUCGCUCAGCCUCCACACAGUGCACUUCGUAAAACGGAUACUUCCAUGAGUUUUCCGAUUAAUGGAACAAUUUUGGAGACGUCGGUUGUCAAACCACCUAGAGGUGUUUUAAGAGCAUCUCAAGAGAACUUAACUACAGUUGAGCUGAUGGAAACGUUGAGAAAAGAAAUGAAUGAGAAAUUCGAUCGAUUGAUAAAUGGAAUGGUUGAAGUGAAAAGUCCUGCAUCUCAUAGUCAUGUUGAAUUUAACGUUGAAAAAUGA